GUUCUCGAUUGUGAUAUAUUUUUUAAUACUAGUUAAACUUUAAGUUUGCUUUAAGUAUUCAUGUAGGUCUGCAGAACGACACGUAUUUCAAAUUGAACUUCUUAGCUAUUCCAUAAAUUAAAUGUUAAGUAAAGAAUGAGACGACGUCCAAAUUUAAAAUGGUUAAUCAAAACAACAAUUUUACUGGUAGCUUCUAUUACACUUUUUAUGAUAUUCACUUCCUGGAUCUCAGCUAGUCCAUAUACGAAUCGGCCGAAGCAUAUAGAGAAUCCACAUGCAGCGCAAUUGGUGGAACCGGCGCAUAAACGUGGACACCAUCAGCCAGUGGCACAUCAACAAAUAGUACCACCAAUAGAAGACAACGGAAGACAGGCAAAAAAUGAGAUUGGUGGUAAUCGAAAACAUAACAAGAAGAAUGAGGAUAAGAGCAGUAUGCAACUGCAGGCACCAAAUCAGCUAAAGAAAGAUUGGCAUGACUAUACCGCUAUGGAGCGUGAUGCGCAACGUGUUGGUAUCGGUGAGCAAGGUAAACGUGCCAAGAUUGAUGACGAAUCACAGCGUGAAUUGGAGCAUACUAUGUCACUUCAAAAUGGAUUUAAUGCACUAUUAUCAGAUUCAAUAUCUGUGAACCGCUCAAUCAAUGAUAUACGCUACGAAGGUUGUCGCAAGAAGGAGUAUUCAGCGAAACUACCAACCGUCAGUGUAAUUAUACCUUACUUUAAUGAGCACUUCAGUGUGCUUAUGCGGUCUGUGCACAGCUUGAUAAAUCGUUCACCCCCAGAGUUACUAAAAGAAAUUAUUUUAGUUGAUGAUUUCAGUGAUCGUGAAGAACUUUUUAAGGAACUUGAUCAAUAUGUGGCAGCUAAUUUUAAAAUAGUUCAAAUCAUACGUUUACCGAAUCGUACUGGUUUAAUUGGAGCUCGUACGGCUGGUGCAAGGAAAGCCACUGCUGAUGUAUUGAUCUUUUUGGAUUCACAUAUUGAAACUAACUACAACUGGUUGCCUCCACUACUCGAUCCAAUCGCAGAGAAUAAGCGUACAGCAGUGUGUCCAUUCAUCGAUGUUAUUGAUCAUUCCAAUUUUGAGUAUCGGGCACAAGAUGAAGGAGCACGUGGUGCCUUCGAUUGGGAGUUCUAUUACAAACGUUUACCUUUACUACCAGAAGACUUGGUAGAUAGAAGUAAACCAUUUAAAAGUCCUGUCAUGGCUGGUGGUUUAUUUGCAAUAUCUCAAGAGUUUUUCUGGGAACUAGGUGGUUAUGAUGAAGGAUUAGAUAUUUGGGGUGGGGAACAAUAUGAAUUGAGUUUUAAAAUCUGGAUGUGUGGAGGUGAAAUGUUAGAUGCACCAUGUUCCCGUAUUGGUCACGUCUAUAGAGGCCCACGUAAAAGUGCACCAAGUCCGCGAAAGACUGAUUACUUACAUAGGAAUUACAAACGUGUUGCUGAGGUUUGGAUGGAUGAAUAUAAAGAAUAUUUGUAUGACCGUGGACAAGGUCUUUAUGAAACAAUUGAUGCAGGAGAUCUUACACAACAGAAAGCGAUACGCGAAAAAUUGCACUGCAAAUCAUUCAAAUGGUUUAUGGAAAAUGUUGCUUUUGAUUUAGUAAAAACCUAUCCACCAAUUGAACCACCAGAUUAUGCUUAUGGUGCUUUACAGAGUGUUAACACACCAACGCUUUGUAUUGAUACUCUGAGUAAACCACGCCAUUCCCAAAUUGGUUUGUACCCUUGUGCAGAUAAUUUAAAAAGACCACAGCAUAAUCAAAAUUGGGCGCUUAGUUGGCAUCGUGACUUGCGUUUACGUCGCAAGUUGGAUUGUCUGGAUGUUUCGGAUUCAAGUAGGGAUGCCCCAGUUUGGCUGUGGGAUUGCCAUAAUCAAGGUGGCAACCAAUUUUGGUUUUAUGAUCGUAAAAAUAAGUGGUUAGUUCAUGGUACGUCUGGUCAAAGGUGUUUGGAGGCAAGGCCAAGCGAUCGGCAAAUUAUUGUAAAUAAAUGCGAUAAAAAUAAUAUGAAUAUGAAAUGGAAUUUCGGUGCUGUAAAUAAUACUGCGCUUGAUAGUUUCCACGAUAAUAUACCAAAUUCGAUAACACGAUAACAUGAUAUCAAUUUAUAAUAUAUAAUAUUUAAUAAAAGUUUUUAAGAUCACUUGCCAUUUACAUAUACAAGAUAAUGUACUGAUGUAUGUGCAAUUCAAUAUGAUUGUUCAUGUAUUUUUAAUCUGUUAUA